AUGCCGACCACCUUUGAAACAGCAUCCAGCCAACUCCCUCGUCCGUCUAGUUUUCACGAGGAAUUCGAUAUGGCCACCGCAGACCGGCCCCCGAUGGAGCGUCCGCAAACCACUACACGUCGAUUUGCUGAGAAUGUGGCUUUUCGGAAACAGGAGCCUUGUUGGAAGCGAGUUGGAAAGACAGUUGGUAACGCAAUCGGAUGUCUGCGUCGGCUGUGCAAGAAUCGUCGAGGGCAAUCUGGGCUUCGGCCGGUAGAUGAAGAGGAGGUAGCCCUGCUCCAUCAGGAAGAGCUACAGCGAGCGGUUUCUUCCUCGUUAGGUUCAUCCUGGUCGUCAUUCGACGAGUACGAAGAUCGCAUGGUGUGUAACGACCUGUACACACGUCGAACUGCUCCACAUACCAUGCACUUCUCAUACAUGGAUAUCCCGAGAGGUGGCCUCGCUGAUGACUACUACUUCCCAGGAAACUCUGACGCGAGCUCAGGGGAAGUCUCAGAAGCAGGCCUCUUCAUACCUAGAGUUCCAAUGUAUGAGGGCUCUGGGUGGACCGAGGAGCAACAAGAGAACUCCGCUUUACUCUUCGCCUCUAAUGAUCAGGCCUGCUUGGCCCGCUUUCAGCGACACUGGGAAGGACUGUACGAAGAUCCGAUCGAUCAAUCCCUGUUCGCGGACUUCGACUUCGACUUCGAACACGAUCGGUCGCCGCAAAAGCCAGUCGAAUGGGACCAGUUUGGGAUGGUACUUCCACGCAAGGCUGGCCCAGGGCGUCCAGCAAAGUCCAAAGGCGUGCUACAGGAAGCUUCUAAUCACUUGGCUUUCGAAGAGUGGCACGGCAAUAUCGACGCGGACUCAUAUCCUUAUAUCGAUGCCGAACUAGCCUUUUACCAGCGGGAAUUUGAACGCACGUCUGGUGGAGAAGUCGAAGAGCUCUUUCACCAGUACUUCCGAGCAGUAUAUCCGCCGUUUCGGUAUUGCGAUCGACCCUCCCUGUACUCAGAUGCUUUCUCUCAUCGCUCGUCUUGCGAAGAUCAGCAAGUGGAGAAGGAAGUGGCUGUGAAAUCGCCGCGGGGGUCCCUCGCAAGGGAUAUAACUUCGGUCUGGGUUAAGGGUGAGUACUUUGGCUUCUUUGCCGGAUAG